AUGGAAGUUGAGUUUAUUGCUUGUUUUGAGACUGCUUCACAUGCUGUCUGGAUGAAGAAUUUUCUUACUAAAUUGCAAAUUGUGGAUUUUAUAUCUAAGCCGGUGACUAUUUUUUGUGACAACAGUGCAGCUAUGUUCUUCUCUAAGAAUAACAAGAGAACAAGAGGCUCUAAGCAUGUUAGCCUUAAGUUUCUUAAGGUUAGAGAUAUGGUAAAAGAAGGGGCUCAAUCAGUAGGUGUUUACUAUGGAAUGCUGGGCAACAACUUUCCACCAGCAUCACAAGUUGUACAACUCUACAAGUCAAAAAACAUAAGAAGAAUGAGGCUUUAUGAUCCAAAUCAAGCAGCUUUACAGGCUUUAAGAGGCUCCAACAUCCAAGUUAUGUUAGGAGUUCCCAAUUCAGAUCUCCAAAACAUUGCUGCUAACCCUUCAAAUGCAAAUAAUUGGGUACAAAGGAAUGUCAGAAAUUUCUGGCCAGCCGUUAAAUUUAGCUAUGCUGGUAAUCCGCGCGAUAUUUCUCUCCCCUAUGCUCUUUUCAUUGCACCUAAUGUGGUGGUACAAGAUGGUUCACUUGGAUAUAUGAACUUAUUUGAUGCAAUGUUGGAUGCUGUGUAUGCUGCCCUGUCUCGAGCCGGAGGGGGCUCGAUAGAGAUUGUUGUGUCCGAGAGUGGCUGGCCGUCUGCUGGCGCAUUUGCAGCGACAACAAACAAUGCAGCAACUUACUACAAGAACUUAAUUCAGCAUGUUAAAAGGGGUAGUCCAAGAAGGCCUAAUAAAGUCAUUGAGACGUAUUUGUUUGCUAUGUUUGAUGAGAAUAACAAGAACCCUGAACUGGAGAAACAUUUUGGACUGUUUUCCCCCAACAAGCAGCCCAAAUAUCCACUCAACUUUGGGUUUUCAGAUAGAUUUUGGGACAUUUCUGCUGAAAAUAAUACUAUUGCAGCUUCUCUCAUAAGUGAGAUGUGA